AUGAAAAAAGAUCAUCGUCGGUGGACAUGGGAAUCACCCAAUGGCGCGACUCGUGCGGAGAUCGACCACAUACUCACCAACCGGGGAUGGUGUCUACGUGACGUCUCAGUACUACCAUCCUUCAUACUCGAGGACUCCUUGUCCCAAGGUGACUGGCACAUCGAAGAGGACCCAAACGUGGACUACGAGAUGCUGUUCAGAGGACUACGAGCCUGUGCUGAGCGUGACUCGAAGCCGCGCACGACAAGCUUGGAUCGAAUUUCGAAGACCACCAAGAAAUUGUUGGAAAAAAGAAGGGCUUUGAGGUUUGAUCCGAAUGCAUCGCACAUUGAGCGGUUAAUAGCAAACACCAGCUGCAGAAAAGUGUUGCAGGAGGAUCUUUUGAAGUACAGGCAGAAGAAGAUUCUAAAAGCAGCACAAAGAAGAACGAGUCUAAAGAAGUGCCGCAGGGAUCUCCGCGAAUAUAAUAUUCCGCUAGCAGCCUUGCUGAGCGAAGACGGGACUCGCACGUCUUCUCGUCGUGUGAUGGAAAUCAUUACGGAGAGGUUCUACACGAACUUUUUCCGUUCAUCAACUCCUGUGUCAAGCCUGCUCAUCCCCACUGAUGAAGCUCCACCACGGAUUCUCCCUUCGGAAGUACGAGUCGCUAUCAAGAGCAUGAAACUUGGCACUGCCCGCAGACUUGAUUUUAUAUCAACAGACUUUCUUCGGACUGGCGGUCAUCCGCUUCAUGUAAUCUUAGCAGCGCACAUGACAACCUAUCUUCAGAAAGAAAGGAUCCCAGACCAGUGGAAGACCUCGCGAGCCGUUCUUAUGCACAAGAAAGGUGUCCGAGAGGACCUUCGGAACUACCGUCCAAUAUGCUUGCUGAGCGUUUUAUAUAAAAUGUUCACCAAGAUCAUCCUCACGCGCAUAUCUAGGGCGCUGGAUGAAGCCCAGCCUCAAGAACAAGCUGGAUUCGGUCAAGGGUUCAGCUGCCUGGACCACAUCCAGACCGUGUCGAGGGUCAUAGAGGUUUGUCCUCUCACCAUACCCAUUAGAAAGAGGGUACGACAAGGCGAUACAAUAUCGCUGUUCGCGGCUGCAUUGCAAUGGAUAAUGAAAUCACUUUCCUGGGAAGAAAGGGGCAUACGUGUAGAUGGAAGACUUCUCUCGAACCUUCGUUUCGCGGACGACAUCGUUCUCUUUUCGUGCAGUACCAAUGAAACAGAAACGAUGCUCAACGAAUUGAACGAAGCAGGGAAGAGAAUAUGA